AUGUUCAAAUUUGUCCAGCAAAGUCCACCUUUGAAAGGCAAACUUCCCAACCAAAUCAUCUCUACAAAAUCGAACCCUUACAGCGCCCAGAUAGCCUCCCCCGUGCUGCCUCUACACCAAGAUAGUAUGAAUGGCAAUACCGAUGAAGUGAACAGGAACGGCAAUUCUUUUGUGCCCUCGUUUAACCGUAACGGAGGUGCCGGAUAUCGUUCAAUGGAAAAUAUUCAUCAGUUCAAUGUUCAAAACAGUAGGCCAUCCCAACACCAGCAACAUCAUAAACAGCCGCAUCAGUCAAAGUCUAUGAACGAUUUUGGCAGACAAGGCGGUACGUUUCCCAAGAUGAAGACAUACUAUAAUAAUACGAACCAUCAUAAUAAUAAUAAUAAUAAUAAUAAUAGUAAUAACAGUUAUAAUGCCCAGAAUAGCAAUAACAAUUACCAUAACAACAACAGGAGAAAUAGACAGUCGCCAUCUUCGCAUGGUACAAGCAACAUAAAUCCAGAUUCUCCCUGGUUUCAAAAAGUGUGUGCAUUCGAGGAAUGUGUGUCGCAGACUCUGUACAUGUCGCAAACACCAAGACGCAAGAACAUCAAAUAUCGUUCCGAACAUCCAAACUCUAAUGCAAACCCGCUGUUCUGGGAUUCCAUUGGCAGAGCCAUGGGACUAUACCAUGAUUUGAUGAACACACCGGAACUAAACUCCGACAGGGUUUCUAAACUGGUUCACUUACUACACAACGGGCUGAGAGCAAACAGAAACCAAUUGACUCGUAUGAACAAGAAGCCAGACUACGAUUCUCAAUCGUUCCACAAGGAAAUGACAAAUUAUUUGUGUAAAUCCUUGAGAGAAAUUUCAGACGACGUUUUGAACGGGAAAGUGGAACUAAACGAGUACGGAGCUAUGCAUCUUAUUACCGCGUUCAAAGAACUGUUACUAUUCGAAGAAGCAGUUCAGAUUUGGAAGAGUGCCAUCAAUGGCAACAACUCGUACACUUCCAACAUCUUCCUAAAUCCAAGGGUCGUCGGUGUCAUCUUACCAAUACUGUAUGAUAACGGUGUUUCGUAUCCAGAAAUUCAAUCACUAUAUGAGAAGUCUUCCUCUAUGAUCAAUUACUUCCAUCCCAAUUUGUCUGUAGGUAUGAUUAGGGCUUCUCUUUCUGCCAAUGAAAACGAUAUGGCGUUGAAACUGUUCCAGAAACUGUGCGAGGAAUCUACUGAGAUGAAGUAUGGGUACUUGAUCGAAACGCAUUUAUCAUUUAUUGGUGAAUGUAAGGAUUUGAACGUUGCACAGACUUUCUUCGACAAGGCAUUGAAUGAUGAGAUGCCAUAUAAGAUUGAUUUGCAAGUAUCCUACGUGAAGUCCUUCCUAAGGAAUAUUUGGAAUCAAACCCAUAAUUUCAAUCACAUCUACGAGAUUUGGUACAAGUCUUCGCUACAUUAUGGAAGGAACGUUAACCACGGUAUCUCCUCGUCGUUGAAUGAUACGUUCUUCGAUUUGUUUUUCGAAAACUAUGCAAAUGAAAAGACAGAGGGGUUCCAAAGGUUACAAGAUCUUAUCCAAACCUACAAUAACAUUAAAAACAUCGAUGAACCGUUUUUCAAUAUCAUUUUGGCUAAAUGUACUAUUUGGCAUGACCGGAAUAUAUUGGAAUACAUUGACAAAAGUUACGAAUUAUUUAAUAUUCCAAAAACUAUCGUUGCUUAUAGAAUUCUGUUGAAAUCCAUGGGAUCCGUGGACGAUACAACCAACGAUGAAAUUUUACAAAGAUGGAUCAAUCUGAUUUGCAAGUCGGACCAGAUUGGGCAAAGGUUUAUUGCCAACGCAGAUUGGGCAGCUUUGAGAGACGCGACUGUUACAUGGACUCAGUGCAACAGAGACAACAACAGUCCAGCCAUCAUCCGCAACAUAGAGAGUGCGAUGAGUACAGUUGCACCAAGUCCAAUCGGAACACCCCGUGGGAACAAGAAGAAUAACGUCAGUGUGGGUGAUUUUGAUUUCUACUCUCACCCAGCAUUUCAGGCUUUAAACGCGUCUGGUGCCUUUGAUGAUAUGACAAAUGACUCUUCUUCGACGCCAGCAACUCCCGCUGUUGUUGCCCCAACGACAACAGCUCAAAUUCCAUUAUUGAAGGAGGAACAACAAAUUCACCCUGUGGUAGAUGAUAGAAUGAUUCUUUAUUUGAAAAUUGUGAAACGUUAUUCUCCAUACUGUCGUGACUCCCGUCAAUUAGCAAGAUUGACAACUGGUACCGCUGUAAAGUACAGUGUACUACAGGAGGUAUUGAACCAGUUUCAAUCUUUGGAUGUUAAUGGAAUUCCUGUUCCUGAGUUGCAAAAUUUGAAGUCCACCAAUAUUUGA